AUGACCAACGUCAACGAGAAAGGGGCUGUGGAGGCCCCUACGACAGACAUUUCGCCUAGUGCAGAGAAGAGGCCCGCCUCGAUCACUUCCGCUCCGGCUGUUUCAGAUCCGGACAACACCGCGAAGCAUCAGCCCAAGUCCGGCGCCGAUGCCGCUCUCGAAUUGCUCAACGAGACCGGCCCUCUGGGCCAUGCCGUGGACCCGGAACUCAACCGAAGACUGAAGCGCCGCAUCGACACUCACAUCAUGCCCCUGAUCUGCAUCGUCUACUUCUUGCAGUACAUCGAUAAGACAGCAAUCUCAUACGCCAGUGUCACCGGCAUUCAGCAGGACACGGGCCUACAUGGGAAUCAGUUCAACUGGGUGGCUUCCAUCUUUUUCUUCGGCCAACUGGCGUUUGAAUUCCCCACCAUUCGCCUCAUCCAACUCUUUCCAUUGGCGAAGUACACCUCGGUUAACAUUAUGCUCUGGGGUCUGGUCUUGGCCUGUCUCGCGGCUUGCAAAAACUACGCCGGUCUCCUCGUUUGCCGUUUUCUCCUUGGUGUCUUCGAAGCUGCAGUCGUGCCUGCUUGGGUCCUUUUCACAUCACAGUGGUACACCAAGCAGGAACAGGCCUUCCGUGUCGGCAUCUGGUUCUCCGUUUGCGGCGCUGCCCAGAUGUUUGGUGGCUUUUUCGCAUACGGUGUAGCCGUACACGUUGGGAAGGACCCAAACGCGCUUCUCCGCGGGUGGCAGGUCAUCUUCUUGUUCCUCGGUCUCCUUACUGCUGUGGUGGGCAUCGUGUUCUGGUUCAUCAUGCCCGACUCUCCGGCCUCGGCCGCCUUCUUAUCUCAAGAAGAAAAGGCUGCUCACCUGGAGCGAAUCCGUGACAACGAGCAAGGUAUCGGGUCUCAGCAGUUCAAAUGGUCGCAUGUCAAGGAGGCUUUGACGGAUACCAUGACCUGGCUCUACGCGUUCUGGAUCUUUGCCGCCAACAUCCCCAACUCGAUCGCCACCAGUUUCGGAAACAUCCUCGUAAAAGGCAUGGGGUACUCGAGCGAAGAGUCGCUGCUCCUGGUCACACCUCUUGGCGCGUAUGAGAUUGUUGCAUUGGUCGGCCUCACGUGGCUUGCCAUGAAAACCAGACAACGGCUGUACUGGUGCAUCGCCGGCCAUAUCCCCGCCAUUGUAGGUGCCAUUCUGAUGGCAACAACUUCCAAGGUACCCGCACUGAUCGGAUACUACACUUCGGGAGGUAUUCCGAUCGGAUGGACGACGAUCUUGGGUCUCCAGUCCUCCAACGUCGCGGGUUCCACCAAGAAGGUAACUGUGGCAUGUAUCGGUACGAUCGCGUACACCGUGGGGAACAUCAUCUCGCCCCAGACUUUUCAGGCGCGAGAUGCGCCCAGAUAUCUGCCCGCAAAGAUCUCAAUCUGCAUCAUCUAUGUCUUGGUUACCGUGGACCUGUUCGUGAUGCGCUGGGUACUGGACAGGAGGAACAAGAAGAGAGAUGCUGAGAAGGCGGCGUUAGGGGACGCCCACCAUGCUGAGCUUAACCAUGAGUUCUGGGACUUGACGGACUUGGAAAACAAAGAGUUCAGAUACGAGUUGUAA